GGCUAUUAUUCACUUGGAACUUCAUCCACGUGAAUAAUAGCUUCUAUUCUACGCUCGUUGAAGAAUGUACUAUAAUUUUAGUUAUUAAUCUUAAUGUUUGUAAAAUCAUACGUAGGUACCUACACCUACCCUAAAUAUUAUACUAAUUCUAGUUACUUCUAUUUACAUUUUAUUUUGUUUUGUGUUCGGUGAUGGUAUUGAGCACAAAUGGUGGAUUCGCGAAUUGGUUUUCUUGAAGUUUAGUUGGAGAUGGCUAUCUAAUAAGUUAUCUUCGUGAACCAACCAAUAGGGUCGAAACUUAAAGUUGGAGGACGAUCGACGAUCGUAUCAUAUGGUGUGUCACAUUUCGUCUCACACACGUCGCAGUAAUGCGAUUGAACAAUACUGUCUCCUUUAACCACUAGUGAGUAACAAACCAAGUGGCGACAUAAUCAUACAGCUUUAACUUUGCUUACGAAACAAAAUUUUAUGUUUAACAGCCACUGAAUUGAACAAAACACAAAACAAAACCCAUAAUUCAGUUGGAACGCACAUUAAGCACCUAACUUAGUUUCAGUUGUACGAUCUGCAUUUUACGUGGUUUGAGAAAAAAUGUCGGAAUUAGAAGAUUUCUUGAAACGGCAUAAUGUGCCAGAGGAAGUUGUUCAAAAUAUUAUUGCAGAACAGAUUUCUGAAGAAGUUAUAAAUAUGAUGUCCGAUACAGAACUAAAAACAUUUUUACCAGCUUAUGGGCACAGGAAGUUGGUUAGAGAGUUUUGUUUGAUGCGAGCACCAAGUACAUCGAAACAAGAAGCUUCUAAACAAUCACUACUGGAAAAAAUUAGAAGCCAAAUAUUUAGGGGAAAUAAAAAUGAUGAGGAAUCUGUGGUACACACAAAGAAAAAAAUUAAAUACAAUUCAGAAAAGUCGACCAGAAAUAUUGAAAUGGGUUGGCUACAUGAAGAUGGAAACAAAAUUGUGCAAGUACGUAGCAAAAAAGGGGGAGGAACUAGGAAACUGACAGUGGAGAAAUCUGCGAUGAAACAAGAACUGAUUGAAGCUGCGCAAAAAGUGUUUUUCCCUAACGGUUUCUCACCCAAAGGAAACAUCGAGGAUUUCGAUUUUGACUUGCUAGACUUCAAACACAAUGAAUAUCCACCAGAUAUAUCUAUUUCUCAGAUUUUGAAUAGUACUAAAGUAAAAGUUCUUCGAUUUUAUUUAAAAUCUGAGCGAAAAAACAUAAAUGCCGCAGAAAAAGACGUCAUCGAACAGUCAACUGCAGAGGCCUCAGAAGUAGUGGUGGCAGCUGAAACUGCCCGAUUUUAUUCAAAUUUUCUAGAUGAAGAUCUUGACAUACUACAAGAGGAUGCCAUUACCACAAAUGAUGUGGUUAUAUUUGAUUUGGAGUCUGCUUCGGAGCCAGGUUUGCAGGAAUUAUUUAAUAAUCCACAUUUUGACAUACAUCCAAAUGAACGAUUCUUAGAAACAACUACAAUGUCAGCACAAUUGCCUGCUAUUCAGAGUACUUCUACCAGUGUACAGAAUUAUACUACAAAUGUUCUUGAUAGAAACCGUCCAAACCUUGAAGAUCUAAAUGCAGAAAACCAAUUUCAGCAAACAGAUAAUAUUCAAACGUUAACACUACACAGAGGCAAAAUAUUUGAGGAACUGAUAGAAGCUUUUCAGAAGCACACGUUUCAUUAUUCUUGUGCUCUAAAAAUUGAAAUGAUUCUUCCAAACGGAGAAACAGAAUACGCAGAGGAUGUUGGAGGAGUUUUCCGAGAUACACUUUCAGAAUUUUGGUCCAGUUUUUAUGAGAAGUGUUCUGUAGGAACCAAUCUGAAAAUUCCGUAUUUGCGACACGAUUUUAAUGAAACUCAGUGGAAAGCGAUUGCAAGUAUAUUCUUAAAAGGUUUUACUACAGAAAGUUAUAUUCCAAUAAAAAUAGCUCCUGUUUUUAUUCUGAGUUGUUUGGGAUGUGCGAUACAAGAUGAAGAUCUAAUACAAAAUUUCUUGCAUUUUGUUUGCGAAUCUGAAAGGGAAAUUCUCCGGCAAGCAUUGUUGGACUUCGAUAAUGUGGACAGUGAUGAACUCUUAGACAUUUUCUCCAAUUAUGAUGCAAAAUGGAUUCCCACAAAAACCAAUAUUAAUUUAUUCUUAAGGGACAUUGCCCACAAAGAGCUCAUUCAAAAGCCCGCUUUUGUUAUUAAAUGCUUCGGACAAGUAUUCCAAACGCACAGUAGGAUUAGCACCUCUGAAAUUAUGGCUCUAUUUAACAACAUAAAACCAUCCUCAAAAAACUGUUUGGCAAAAAUUCAUUUACAAAAUGCAAACGAAACUACGCCACAAAUAACAGAAAUAUAUGGAUAUUUGAAAAAAUUUAUAAAAGAAGUUGAUGAUAGUACACGUUCGGCCUUUUUCAGAUUUUGUACCGGGUCUGAUUUACCUACAAGAGACAUUUAUGUAUCAAUUAUUAACACAACUGGCUUUGGGCGGGUUCCAAUAGGGCAUACAUGUUCUGGGUUGUUAGAAUUGCCCUCAAGUUACGAAAAUUUUGUAGUUUUUAGAAGUGAGAUGACAAAUAUCCUGCAAUCAAAUGUAUGGGUAAUGGAUAUUGUUUAAUAAAAAUAUAUAGGUAUAUGACUGUUCAUAUUUAUACCU